AUGUCCGUCAUCACAGAAGCGGUCAGAUUCUUCUUCCCAGCAGCACCAAUAGGUAGACACGCCUCGACCGACUACCCUUUAUACACCAGGGAUGAUCCAUCUUCACACCCGACAAGACAGAGACAGAAAGAAGAUAAUAAUCAUGGUAGAGUGAAAAUUGGUUUCAAGACUGUAGUAGCGAGUUACGCACCGGAUUGGAUAUUGGCUUUGGUCCUUUGGGGCGUGUUGGCUAUUCUCAAUAGAUCAGGUGGACACAAGAGAGAAUUCUCAUUGACUGAUACGACUAUUCAACAUUCUCAUGCGAUUCAUGAGAGGGUACCUCCAAACCUACUAGCAUUCGUAUCAGUUGGUAUACCAUUACUUGUCAUCGUACCUAUCAGUUUAUUUGUAUCGAGGAACGGAUGGGAUGUACAUAAUGGUGUUUUAGGCCUAGUGAUGUCAUAUACCAUGACAGGCGUAGUAACUCAAGUAAUCAAGAUGUCAGUCGGUAGACCUCGACCAGAUCUCAUCGCUCGAUGUCAACCUGUACCGGGAUCAGUCGAUCAUCCUGUCUAUGGUCUUAGCACCGUAGAUAUUUGUACAAAUACGGAUUUGAUCGUGUUGAAUGAUGGAUUCAAGAGUUUUCCAAGUGGACAUAGCUCCCUCUCAUUUGCUGGUUUGGGCUUCCUGACUCUCUAUCUCGCUGGAAAGAUGCAUCUUGGUGAUGUGAGGGGACAUCGAACUCGAGCAUGGUUCGCCCUUUCUCCUUUAUUGGGCGGUACGAUGGUAGCUAUCAGUCGAACCGAGGAUAAUCGACACCACUGGCAAGAUGUUUUAGUCGGUUCAUUACUCGGUUUAGCUAUUGCAUGGGUAUCUUACAGAACUUAUUAUCCUCGAAUGUCACACAAACAAUGUCAUCUCCCUUUAGCACCUCGAUGUGAUCCCGAUAAUGAGCUGCACGAUGAUUUGGAUGACGUGGAGGAAGGCAGGAACGGUAGUAGGGAAGGUGUUAGGUUGAUGGAAGGGGAUGACCAUGAGGGUGCGAGGCGGAGCGAGGAGGAAGUAGCUUGGAGGAGAUAG